AUGUUCUCAUCUAUUGCCAGCGCCCCGGCGAAACAAUCAGUUGGCGAGACCAUCGACGUGCUAAGUGGUCGUCUUAGUUCAGCAACUUUGUUGGAGGACCGAAGAGCGGCCAUUCUAGGUCUCCGAAGCUUUGCUAAAGACUACCCAGCAUCUGUAGCUUCGGGUGCCCUAAGAAGUCUGAUUGGAAGCUUGAGCAAAGACGGCGAAGAUGUCGACACGGUCAAGGUGGUCCUCGAAACAUUAUUAAUGCUAUUCAAUCCCAAUGAGGACAGUCCUGAGGCUUCAGAGGAGAUUGCUCUUUGGCUCGCUGACGAGUUUACCCAACGUCAAGAGAACAUCACAUUACUACUCGAUUUCCUCGAUACCAACGAUUUCUAUUCUCGCCUUUAUUCUCUCCAGUUACUCGCUGCUAUUCUUUCAGCUCGAACAGAACGCACCGAGGAAUGCAUUUUCACUGCGCCCCUGGGAAUACCACGAUUGGUUUCUGUCCUUGACGACCAACGCGACGCUAUACGUAACGAGGUUAUCAUUCUUCUAACAUACCUCACGCCAACAUCGAUCGAAAUACAGAAACUAGUCGCUUUUGAGAAUGCCUUCGACAGACUAUUCGCCAUUAUCGAAGCAGACGGUGCUUUGGCUGAGGGAGGGCGUACCGUUGAGGAUUGUUUAAUUCUUUUGGCAAAUCUACUCCGAUCAAACAGUUCGAACCAGUCACUCUUUCGAGAGUCAGGCUGCAUAAACCGUCUUGCGGAUUUGCUGGCGCGUGUCCUUAAACCUCAAUCUGAUGGGUCGGAGAUUGCUUCAUGGGCAACAGCACAACGCAAUCGCAACGUGUAUGCUUUUCUUGCUGUCAUACGUCUUUUUGUUGUUCGAGGAUCAGCAGGCACAAACCUGAAUCAAGCGGCAAUUUGGAAGCAUGGUCUUACCUAUCACGUUCUUCAGUUAGCCUUCAGCCAUGAGGCUCAGACACAAAUUAAAGCCGAGGCAUUGAUUACUUGCGGUGAUAUGAUCUGUCAAAAUGCGCCCAUUCAAGAAGCGUUCGCUCAAUUGACAGUCCUAUCUCCUUUAAAUAAGGAUGGUGGAGCUGAGGGACAGACCAGUCAACAAGACAAAAUCUUCGUUAUUGACGGGUUGCUAGACCUCACACUUUGUUCACAGGACCUCCAAGAGUUCGACGUGCGAUUUGCGGCAGCUGGAUGCCUAGAGGCGUAUUUUGCUAAUCAUUCGGCUGUCAAGUUGCAUUUCCUUGGCAGAGCCAUCGAAGGUCAUCAAUCUGGAGCCAAUGAGCCCUCUAAUAUCUUAACAGUUCUUUUGCAGCCUUCAGCUGAAACUAGUGAUCCAUAUCGACAGUGGUUUGCUGCCGUGAUUGCGUUCCACCUGCUACACGAAAAUCCAGAAGCCAAAGCAGUGGCUAUGAGCCUCACGGAGGGUGAUUCUGAGGAUGGAGAGGAGGUCGUUACUGGCAUACAAACCUUGACAGCACAUGUAACAUCAGGUCUUCGCCGUAACGAUGACCCUCGCGUCUUAGCGGGGUACCUUAUGCUUCUUCUAGGCUGGCUUUUCCAGGAUCUCGAUGCGGUUGACGAUUUUCUUACGGAGGGGAGCAAUGUACAGAGCUUGAUUCAAGCUGUCUCGCAAUCUCAAGCUACAAGCAGUGAUGAAGUUGUUCAGGGGUUGUGCACCAUGCUAUUGGGCACUGCUUACGAGUUUAGCACUAAGGAUUCACCAAUCCCACGAGCAACCCUACUUGAGAUUUUAACGUCUCGAAUUGAUCGAGAUUUAUACUUGAGUCGUUUAACUAGGCUUCGUAGCCACCCCCUCAUACGCGACUUUGAGGUUUUACCUCAAAAGCUUGAUGCCUCAUCUCCUGGUCGACUACCAGACGUCUUCUUUGACCGAGCAUUCGUUGAAUUCUUCAAAGACAAUUAUAGUCAGAUAGCACGCGCUAUUGAUAGGGAACCCGGCAUGGAGAUAUCGGUCAUCACUAACGGUGUUCAAAAGGGCGUCUCCAGGGAGCUGGUAGACUCUCUGAGGAGUCAAGUUGAGGAGAAGCAGAAUGCCGUAAACAAAAUACAAGAAGCAUUGGCUGCGCUCCAGGGGCAGCUUGGCCAAGAGCAGGCUGACCAUCGACAUUCUCAAGAAACUGCCUUCACGGAGAUGCAACGGUUGAAAGCAGCCAACGAGGGUCUGCAGAAAAGUCAUAGCGAUGAACUACGGAAACUUCAGACUCAGCUGGCUUCCAAAGAGAAUGAUCAACGGAAGCAUAUCGCCCAACUUCAGUCCCAAUAUUCGGCUAAAGAGAACGACCACCAGAAGCAAAUUGCUCAACUACGGUCGCAACAAGCCGCACAGGACAGUAGUCACCAGAAGCAGCUCGAACAGGUUCGAAAAGCGGCCGAAGCUGAAGCGGAAAAGAUCAGACGGCGGACAGAUGCCGAAAUAGCUGACCUUAAAGCCACCAUCAGUCGUCUCGAGGUUGAUUUGAUGAAGUCUCAAAAGGAACACAACGUGCUUCAAACAUUACGCAAGAAAGACCUGGAUGAGCAAAGGGAACUCCGGGAGAAGGCCUUGAGCGAUCUUCGUGAAAAGAAAGAUAAAGAGAUACAACACAUCAAGACCAGAGCAGAUGAGCAGGAGCAGGAGCACAAAAAGAACGUGGACGAACUUGGCAAGAAAAAGAAUGCCGAGGUAGAAGCGCUGCAGCAACAGAGUAAGGAUGACCUGGAACAGCAGAAAUCAAUGACCCUCAAGGCAGAGGAAAAGUGCCAGCAUCUUGAGAAGCAGUUAAGUGGCGGAGAUGCUGGAAUGAAAGACAUACAAGCCAGACUCGCAAAGAUGGAAUCAGAGUUAUCGGCAGCAAACAAAGCCAGGGAUGCGGCUGAGAAGAAUUUGUCUGAAUUGAAAGAAGCAGCGAAGGCGAAAUCUGACGUUGAAAAGCAGUUAUCAGAGUCGAGGGAAGCUCGAGAAACGACACAGUCAGAACUGGAUGAUCUUCUGAUGGUGUUUGGCGACUUGGAAGAGAAGAUGACAAAGUACAAGGAUCGCUUGAUUGAGCUUGGUGAAACUGUAUCAGAUGGCGAAGACGACGAUGAGGAUGAGGACGACGACGAAGGAGAAGAAAAUGGCUCCGAUGCUGAUGGGUCUGAAGAUUCUGACAAUGACGAUGAUGAGAAAGACGAAACGAAGGAGCAACCGAACCCUAAAUCCAAAAAGUAA